AUGGCAGGAUGCCACUGCCGUACUUUCCCUUCCGUCACUCCUCGCCACACUUCUGCUUCUGCAGAAACCAGCUGCAUUCAUUUGAUGCGGAGCAGAGCCCGCAGGGCCGCCCGGGGCAUGGCCCAGAGUGUGGUCUAUGCCGACCUGAAGUUUGCGGCGCGGCCACCGUCCACCGCGCCUGACGACGACGACGACAGUCCCUACGAGAACGUGUCACCGCUGGGGCUGGUGACAGCAGAGCCCAACCCAGGGCGCUGGAGCCGGCCGUGGCGCGUCCCCACAGCGCUGCUGGUAGCCAGCCUGUUCCUGUUGCUGCUGCUGCUGGUGGCCGUGGUGGCCCUGAGCGUUUGCCACUGGCAGGUCACCCGCAGCCUGCAGGACUCCUCCCGUGAGCACAAGGCCGAGCAGGGCCGCCUGUCGCAGGAGCUGAGGGCGCAGGGGCAGAGCCUGGAGCAGACCCAGCUGGAGCUGGCGUGGGCCAGAGAGGAGCUGCAGCGUGCGUGGCACGAGGGCAACAUCAGCCAGCUGGAGCUGGACAGGCUGAGCCUGGAGCUGCGCCGCGUCACGGGGGUGCUGGGCAGGACAGAGAGGGAGAUGCAGGAGGUGCAGGCGAGGCUCAACAGCAGCGAGAGGGCCGUGAGCAGCCUGCGUGCCUGCGUGAACACAGAUUGCUGCCCCUGGGGCUGGGUACUCUUCAAGAGCAAGUGCCUCUACAUCUCGGUGACAAACAAGACCUGGGAGCAGAGCAGGAACGACUGUGAAGGGAGAUCUGCUCAGCUGCUGGUCCAGGAUGAGUGGUCACCACUGACAGUGCCGUAUUUGGUGCAUGCAUCUAAGGCGUACUACUGGAUUGGAGGAAAACCUCCUUAUGUGGCAAGGAGACCUAUGUGGAUGGAGAGCAAACAUCCCUCGAAACGCCAUUCUCCAGACUGCUGGUCACUAAUCCUCGGGGAAAUGUGGAAUCAGCCAUGUAACAAACCCUACCCGUGGAUCUGCGAGAAAUCCCCAAAUCUGAGCCGUGUACCUGAGCUUCCUCCUCUUUUUCUGGCCGAGGAGUGACUGCUGCCACCCCGGCUCCAUCCCUGGAGUCAGGACCAGGAGCUGGGUGUGCACCCUGGGAUCCUGCCCCCAGGGCAUGCUUUGCCUCAAUUGCAUUGCAAAACUGCUGGGGAAAAGUAUCUCUAUUUCAAAGCAAGGAUUAUGGAAAACAGUCCUUAUUCCCCUCUCCCACACUCAAGCAAACACACGUUAUACUGCUUUGUACUGUGCCACUGCAUGUCCCUGUGUGCCCUGGCCAAUGCAGCUCCAGUGCAGAGCCCAGCUCUCACCUUCUUUGUUACCCCAAGGCUGCCAGAGUGCAGGAUCUGCCUUUUGCAUAUUUUUGACACACUGAUGUCCUCAACCUGUCCAUUUCGGGGAGACCUGUGGAUUUACAGCCUGUCCCUUCUCUCAGCAUUGACAGCUCUCAUCCUGCCCUUUCUUCUGCCUUCAUCACCUGCCCAUGGCUGGGUCCUGCCUGGAAAGGGUGCUGGCAGUGGGGCCAUCAGCAUGAGAAAAUGCUGGAAAGCCAGAGACCAUUUAGGGAGUGGGGAAGUGCUGGGGAGCUUUGAGAAUGUGGUGGAUGAAUGAGGAAACCACGGGAGGAAAACGAGGGCAAUGAAGAGCCCUAAGACCAUGGGAGGUGAAUGUGUGAAUCCUGAAACCAUGGAAAGAAAGGGAGCACAGUGGAACUGCAAAUGAAGAUGGUUCUGAAAAAUGGAGGUGCACUGAUAAGAUGGUGGGAGAGAGGAAGGAGCACUAGGGAGACUUGGGAACAUGGGGAAAAAGGAAGAACCCUCCCACCAAGGGGGAAAGAUCCCUAAGAAUGUGGCUGGACCUUAUCUGCCAAAGGAGGGUGAUGAGAGACCCUAGUCCAGGACUCAGGGUGACCCUCCCUGCCUCAGCCAGGGUUUCUGCAGAGAGGGGAAUGUGUUGGCAACCAUUUUGCUAAGCUGGACCUGGGACAGCCAGCACAGCUUCACCACAAGUCCUGCCCAACCAACCCAGUGCCCUUCUACAAUGGAGUGAUUGCACCAGUGAACGAGGGAAGGGCUGCACGUGUCAUCUGUCUGACUUCUGUAAAGCCUCCAACACAGUCCUCCUCUAAAUUUGAGAUAAAUGGAUUCAAUGGGUGAACUGUUCAGUGGAAGAGCUCCAUCCAGAAGAUAGUGCUCAAUGGCUCCGUAUCCUCACUGGACACUGGUGAUGAUGUUGGUCCUCAGGGAUUCAACUUGGGACCAAUGUUAUUCGGUACUUUUGUCAACAAUGUGAACAGUGGGAUCAACUGCACCCUCAGCAAGUUUGGAGGUGACACCAAGCUGAGGUGUUUGACACACCUGAAGGACAGGAUGCCAUCCAGAGGGACCUGGAAAAGCUCGAGGAGUGACCCAUGGGAGCAUCAUGGGGUUUAACAAGGCCAAGUGCUGGUGCUGCCCCUGGGCUGGGACAGCCCCUGGUGCCAGCCCAGGCUGGGCAUGAGCAGCCCCAGAGCAGCCGUGCCCAGAAGGGCUUGGGGGUGCUGUGGGUGAGAGGCUGCACAUGGCCCAGCCAUGGCACUCCCAGCCCAGAGAGCCAAACGUGUCCUGGGCUGCACCCAGAGCCCCGUGGGCAGCAGGGCAGGGAGGGGAUUCUGCCCCUCUGCUCUGCUCUGCUGAGACCCACCUGGAGCCCUGCAUCCAGCCCUGGGCUCCCAGCACAGGAACCACAGGGACCGGCUGGAGCCAGCACAGAGGAGCCACCAAGGUGAUCAGAGGGAUGGAGCAGCUCUCCUGUGAGGAGAAUUGGGAUUGUUCAGCCUGGAGAAGAGGAGGCUUCAGGGAAAACUUACUGUGGCCUUCCACUACCAAAAAUGGCUACAAGAAAUCUGGAGAGAGACUUUACACAAGGGCUUGUAGCAAGAGCACAAGGGCAAAUGGCUUCAGACUGAGAGGGCAGCUCCUAGGAGAGCUUCCACAGAAGGAGGCUGGUGGAGCCAGCCCAAUGGCAUGGCAAGGCUGGGACAGGACUGCAGGUCCCCUACAGUCUCAGCUAUCAUGCAAAACAAAGAUUGUUGUGUCUGGCUUGUCCUGCAGAGUCCAAAUGUCCUCCCUGCUCCCAAAGACCUGAGUUCCAGCCCCCACUGCCCACAGUGUUGCAGUUGCCACUGCAAGGACACACUGCAGCCCCCAUCCAGCCUCUGGUCCAUGCUUUCCCUGGCCUGGUUCAGCAUGGCUGCUUACUUGCCCAUCUUGAUAUAUGGCUUCACCUUUCUUCCCAGCUGCAGGAUUUGCACUUUUACCCACCCCAGUAUCAGCAGGCUCCCAUAAAACCAUUUCUCCAGGCCUCUCUGUACCCAAUCCUGCCCUCCAGUUACACAUUACCGAUGUGGUAUUGCCCCCCAGCCACCUGAGCCACCCCCUACCCUCCAUCCAGUGCACUGAUGAAAGAUCCAAUGAGCACAAACCCCAGAAUCAACCCUUCAGCAACUGCAUUCAGGAGAACAGGGGUGUUUCUGACACCCCCUGCAGCCCUCACACCAUUCAGGUUUUCCACCCAAGCUCUCCUCCUCUACUCCUGCCAUCAUAUAUCCCCACUUUGCCAGUGAGGAGACCAUGGGAAACCAAGUCCCAGACCUGAAAGGUUCAUGAUAAACAUUCCCCAUUGCUGCCACAGCAGGAGGCAGGCCAGGCAUUGCCUCCCCUUGGUAAAUCCUGCCUGGAUUCCCCAUCUACACUGGAUAGUUGCAUGCCCAGGAGCUGUGCUGCAUCUCCUUCCUGGCAUUGAGGCAGGACAACAAAGCUCAGCCCAGGACAGGAGAUGUAGGGAUAAGAAAGGGCAAGGUAGGAGCCAGCAGCAAAUAGUGGCAGAGGCAAAGGGCAGCCAGGAAAACUAACAGAGUCCUCAAAGGGACUCAGUGGCAGCAUCUUACCCGCCUUCACCAAGCCUCCCCCAGUGGAAGGCUGGUACAGACAUCCCUUGUUGAGGAACACCUCUGCUCCAGGCAGCUGGGCCUGCAAGGCACAGGCAGAGAUGCAGAUGGAAAAGCAGAGAUUGAGCUCAGGUGGGAGCCCGAGGCAAGAGGCUGUGAGCUGCCAGCCUGGGGAUAGCAAAGGGCAGGAGGAUGAGAGGUGCCAGAGAGAUACACGGACACUGAGAGACACUGCAGGAGGCAGGAACUGCUGACCUUUUGCAAAAUGAAGGAGAGGGAUGAUGAAAGCAAGGUGGAUGGACACAGAGGGGGGCAGGAGAAGAGAGGAAGAGGAGCAAGCCUUGAGCACAAGCAGACAUUGAGGGGAUAAAAGCUCAGGUGUUCUUUGUUGGGUACCCAUCCUCAGAGGAACCAUUUUGAGCUGUUUCUGUGUUACUGCGCUGUGAAUAAAUGGCUUUGUGGAAUGAGA